AUGGUGUCGUUCAUCAUCGCGCAGAUUGGCUAUAGUCUGCUCAUUAUUCUCAUCACGUGGGUGUUCCCCAAAGGAGGAGCAAAAUGGUCGCUGGUGACAGAGAGGGUGCUUGGCAAAGAUAACGUCACAAUUGCGGAAAUUUGGGCAGUGAUGCUAGUCGCCGAUGCUGCCUUUGCAUUCCUGGCCUGGUACCUCUCCAAAGUUCUUCCCUGGAGCACUGAUAACCCACAGCAUCCAUUAUUCUGCCUUCAGCCCUCUCAUUGGAUGCCCCAAGUUGUUGAAACCACCGGAGAAACAAUGAAGGUACAACAAGACACCUCUCGAUUUGAGGAACUGCCGCCAGACAGCAAAACUGUUAUCGCCAUCAACAAUCUAACCAAGGUUUACGGCUACAAGCCAGCCUUAAAUGGCGUUGACAUGAAAGUAUACGAGUCUAAAAUCACGGUACUUCUUGGCCACAAUGGCGCCGGGAAGACAACCCUGAUGAGUAUCUUGACAGGUAUGAAGGCCCCAACCAGUGGCGUCGCCAUAGUCUGUGGCUACGACGUCUCCAAGCAACGCUACCACGUGCGCCAGCUGGUCAGCCUUUGUCAACAGACAGAUAUCUUCUUCGAUGAUAUGACAUGUACUGAGAACCUCCUCUACUUCGGAUCGCUCAAGGGAACAAAGAAAGCCAAACUUGUGAACUCCAUUACGGAAACACUGCGUGUGGUCGGGCUUGAAGACAAGGCUUAUAGUAUGCCACACCAGCUGUCUGGCGGCAUGAAGAGGAGGCUGAGCAUAGCCAUUACCCUUGUUUCUGAGCCAGAGCUCCUGAUUCUGGACGAGCCAACGGCUGGCAUGGAUCCUGAGACAAGGCGGUGUGUCUGGGACACCUUGCAGAACGUAGCGAAGAAGAGUACCCUACUUCUGUCUUCUCAUGACAUGGAGGAGGCUGACGCCAUCGGCGAUCAGAUAAUUGUCAUGGCAAACGGUGUGGCCGUCUGCAGUGGAUCUACAGCCUUUCUCAAGAAAGCAUGUGGCGUUGGAUACAAGCUGACGUUUACCAAGGUGCCGAAAGCGUUUGAUCUCAAUCAAGCGAUGGCUAUCGUCCAUAACACUAUACCGAAAGCGGUUGUGGAUGAUGACAAGGAAAGCGAAGUGUCCAUCAUGCUGGGGACAACGGACCCCACAGGGUUCUCAGCAAUGUUCAAGGAGCUGGAGAGCUCUCUCGAAAAACUGGGCAUCACAAGCAUAGGAGUCACCGUUGCUUCGAUGAAGGAUGUCUACCUUAACUGGGGUCUCUGCGCCACGUUCUUCCUGCUGCCUCUUGCAUUGCUGGCGUUAAGUACCUGGCAGUCGCCACCAGUGAGCCAGCUGAAGUCGCUGCAAACGCAGGCAAACACCCUCGACAUCCCCAUUAAACUGGCAGCCCACUUCCCACGAACCGAGGUCAUACUUGGCGAGUCACCGGCCACCGACGUAAGCCAACAACUGCGGGCACUUGUGAAGUCCGAAGGCUGCAGCGUGCGCACCGCGGAAGACGUGGGAAAGGAGCUCCGCGAGAUCAUGGAGGGCGACUUCGCAAGCUACAUCCUGACUUACCCAAUGGCCGUUUCAUUUCAGUCUAACGCGAUACAGAUUUUGCCCAACCCGACGAGCCCCAUCACGCUUCCGGUCAUUGUCAACCUGGUACACACGGCCUGGCUGCGCGUGCUGACGACGAAGCCGGAGGCGCACAUUAACGUCACCGUCACUUACCUGAAAGCCCUCCAUAGGUCAACCACUUUUCUCAUUUUCAUGGCAAAAUUAGGUGCUUGGGUCUACUGGGGGUUCGAAGCGGCUCUGUUCUACGCGUUGGGCUUCGCUGCCUACGCCUCGUUUCCUGCUACCGAGCUGUUGAGCGGCGCUCGAGAAGUGCAGCUCAUGACGGGAAUCUCGGGCCUCGAGUUCAUCUUCGCCCACUUCGUCUUCGAUUUCCUCUACCACGUCCUCUUCAGCGUGUUGUGGUGCGUCAUCCACUACACCUUCAGCUCCUACUCUGCAGCCACACUAGGGCUCUUGUUCCUUGCUUUUGUGUCGGUUGGGCCAGCAGCUAUUGGCGUUGCCUACCUAUUCGCGGAAACUGCAGUCUCUCCCGGUUCUGCGGUCGUUAGGCUUUUCCUGGCAUUCUACGUUGGAGGCCUGCUCACCGUCAUGGGCAGUUCAAUUCUUUCGUAUUUCUCAACGUCAAAUUUCGUGCACUAUGCCUUGCUCGCCCUCCCACCGUACACGCUGCUGUCCAUGCUCGUCAAAAUAUGGGACAACGAGGACAAGUCCCUGCACUGCAAGCUACUAGAGAACCAACUUCUUCUCCAAAAAAUUUUGAAAAUUGAUUGCGGCGCGAGCGUGCUGGCAAUUACUUAUGAUGGCAUCGGAAUCGAGCUAUUGGCUGCAACAGUGACAGGCCUGGUCCUCCUGGCAAUCAUGGUCUUCCUAACUUCUGGCUUCUUGAAGCGCGGUGACCACUUCGCGGGCCAGGAGUUGUCUGCCGACGAAGAUGUCGAAGAGGAGAAGAAGCUCGUCAACUCUGCGCUCCAAGAAGGAGACUUCGCCAACUACUCGAUGCUCGUCUGGAGUCUGCACAAACGCUUCGGCGCGUUCUUCGCCGUCCGAGGCACCUACAUGGCACUUCGUCCCUCCGAAUGCUUCGGCCUUCUCGGCGUGAACGGCGCCGGCAAGACCACCACAUUCCAAAUGCUGGCCGCACUGGUCAGCGCCUCACACGGUGACGCCUCCACGGCGACGGCCAAGCUCAGUGGGAACGCACGCAGAUGGCAGUCGCAGAUCAGCUACUGCUUUCAGCUCGGGGGCCUCCUGAACCGGCUGAAUGCGUACGAGUACUUGUACCUGGUCGGUCGGCUGAGAGGCAUCCCUGAAAGCGAAUUGAAGUCCAUGAUAGACAGCAUUCUAUCAGUUGCCGACCUCACGGAGCACGCGUCCAAACAGUGCGGGGUGUACAGCGGAGGAAACCGCCGCAAGCUGUCCAUCAGCGCAGCGCUACUGGGCCUAUCGCCAUUCGUCUUUCUCGACGAGCCCUACGCUGGCGUGGACGUUGUGUCUCGAAACAAGAUCUUCCGAGCCAUCGCUGAGAUCAAGAAACGCUCGCGGACCACUUUCGUGCUCACGUCUCACAACAUGGAUGAGUGCGAGUUUUCCUGCGACCGCGCCACGAUCAUGGUCCAAGGCCGCAUGAUGUGCCUGGGCACUAUCCAACACCUGCGGGAAAAGUUUGGCCAAGGCUACCGACUCGAGCUCUUGCUGAAGCAUACUGCUGUAGCCAGCACUCAAAUGCUGAAAAAGGCAGUUGAGCACCUCUUCACCGGAAUUCAACUUAAAGAUGACCACCAGAACCUGCUCAGCUAUCACCUGGCAGAUAGAAUACCUUGGAGCAAGCUGUUCACCAAGAUCGAGAAGCUCCAGAAAGACUUCGAGCUCGAGCACGUUCUCGUCGGAGAGAACACUCUGCAAGAUAUAUUCUUGAACUUCGCCAAAGUGCAAGAAGGGCUUCGCAUUCCAGUAGCUGUGCUCAGCCCUGCCGCCGCCGCAAAGGAGAGCGCAACGGCGACUACAACGCGGAGCGGAACGGUGACAGGAACGGCGACCGUAGAAGAGAGCGCGAAGCUGGUUUGAACUGUGUCACGGUGACCGCCACGGCAGAGCAGCUCCCUGGCGUGGAGCAUAAAACUGACUCUGUGGUUUCCGGAAGACGCUCCGCCUGGCAAGAAAUAAAGGUC